CGUUGAAGUCACCGUCUUGUUUCCUUCAAGGAGACAUGUCUCGUCUCACACGCGCCAUGGGCUGCGGCAUAAUUAGCUAAAAAAGAAAGUUAACCCCACCCCCCUCCUUGCACCCGUUCCGGGGGACUACAAAAGGGACAAGGGGCGGUGGCGUUCCGACGGAGAGGUUUAUUUUGAUCGCUCACUCCGGCGUCAACAGUGAAGGGUUCCCGAAGGGUUCUUGUGUCGGUAGAGACACGCGAAGACGGUCGGAAGCCCGCAUAGUCUCCUCGAGUGUCCACAACUAUUCUCGACAAGCGACCAUCAUGACCGUAGGCGAUAGGAACAAGGUGUACAAGUUCGGGGAACGCUUCUCUGGCACCAAGACCCUGAGCGGACAUGUGCAAGACUACGAGGUCCUACUCAAUGAGUGCCUCCAGAAGAAGGAACUGUUCGAAGAUCCUGAGUUCCAGUGCAAGGACUAUUCCGUAUUCGGUAACAAGGAACCUAACAUGAACAUUUCCUGGAAAAGACCGAAGGAAAUCCAUGAAAAUCCUGUGUUCAGCAAAGAUGGCUUCAGUCGCUUCGAUGUCAAGCAAGGCAGUCUCGGCAACUGUUGGGUGGUGGCCUCGACGGCCAUUUUGACCAUCCACAAGGAUCUCUUCAACCGGGUGGUGCCGUCCGGUCAAAGUUUCGAGGACGGCAAGUACGCGGGCAUCUUCCACUUCGUGAUGUGGAAAGACAACCGCUGGGUGGACGUGGUCGUCGACGACAGGCUGCCCGUCGACGAGGACGGCGACUUGGUCUUCAUGACGUCAAACACGAAGGAAGAGUUCUGGAGCUCACUGUUGGAGAAAGCAUACGCCAAACUUCACGGAAGUUACACCGCGCUGGAAGGUGGUAGCGGCAUCGAGUCCAUGGCCGUCUACACGGGAGGACUCACUGAACAAAUCAUGUUGGAUAAACCGCCCAAGAACCUCUUCAAGCUCAUGGAGAAGGCGUUCGAAAGAUCUUCACUUCUUACCUGCUCGAACAUUGAUGAAGACAACUGCCCUGAAGGCAUCGUUCCGCUCCACGAGUACAGCGUUACCGGCGUGAAAAGGGUUAUGGCGACCGACGGCCAAGAAAGGCAACUUAUUCGGUUGAGGAACCCGUGGGGCAGCGAGGAGUGGGAGGGAGCCUGGAGUGACGGAUCGAGCAAGUGGGAACUGAUCACUGAAGAGCAAAGACGAGAAAUGGGUCUGGCGGUGGAAAAUGAUGGAGAGUUCUGGAUACUCCUCAGGGAUUUUCUCAAGAUCUUCCAAAUGCUUGAUUUCUGUCACCUGGGGCCAGCUUCGUUGACAGACGAGAUGAGUGGAGGAAAUUCUAAAAGAUGGGAGGUGUCCACCUUCGAGGGAGCCUGGAUUGCGGGCUCCAGUGCUGGAGGCUCCGACGACGACAUGGAAAAGUUUGCGACCAACCCGCAGUACUUGUUUACACUGGACGAACCCGACGAUGACAACGAGGAUGGAGAGUGCACAGUCAUCGUGGCUCUCCUGCAGAAGAACCGCAGGGUAGCGGGGAUCAAAGAGGACAGGUGGCGCACCGUCGGCUUCAUUCUCUAUGAGGUUGAAGACCCGUGCAAAUGUCCAGUCCCACUAACCCCAGAGUACCUGGAGGACAACACCAAGGUGGCCGAACACGGCGACCGAAACCACGAAGUGACCGCGAGGUUCCGGCUCCUGCCGGGAACCUUCUGCGUCAUCCCGUGCACCCAGGAGCCCGAUCAGGCCGGGGAGUUCCUGCUCAGGAUUUACACCGAGAAGAAAAGCAUGGCCAAAGAGCAUGAUGAAGUUGCUACUGUCAUGGAGAAAGCACCUUUUACCCUGGAUAAAUGUCCCAUAGAUCAGAACGGAGAGGCACCGAAACCGGACGAAAGUAACGAAGUGAAUGGAGAAAGAGAAGAGCCCGACGAGGAGGAGAUCGACGAGGCCCUCAAGAAAUUGUUUACGGAAGUCGCCGGUGACGAGGAGACCGUUUGCUGCUGGUCGCUGCAGAAUCUUCUGAAGAAGGUGUUCGAGAGAGAGGGCAAACCCAUCGAGUUCUCCCUGGAGCUGUGCCGAAGCAUGGUGGCCCUCAUUGAUGACGACUAUACCGGGACCCUAGAUCUGAGUGAGUUUGCAUUGCUGCACAAGCACAUCAAGCAGUGGGAGGAAGCGUUCAAGGCCCACGAUAAAGAUUCCUGCGGUUUUCUGAGCAUUUAUGAACUGCGCAAGGCGCUCAAGUCCGCGGGUUACUGCGUCAACCAGCACGUGCUCAAGGGACUGGUGCUUCGCUAUGGCCACGACAGGAAGAUCAGCUUUCAGGACUUCAUUGGAUGCGCCGUGAAGCUCAUGUGCAUGAUCGAUAUUUACGACCAGUGGGAUCCAGACAAAGAGAACAGCGUUACAGUCACCAGAAAUGAGUGGCUCAAGAUCACCAUGUACUGCUAGUUCUCUGAACCGCACCUUGAUCCUACGAAGACGACGUCAAAUAAAAGAAGAAUUUCCCAGCUUCACAUAGUUUAGGAAACGCAAAAAGCUUCUCGUGAAAAGCCUCGCAACGAAAGCCGGCGGUUUGCUAAAUCACAGGAAGCAGGACUGACCACCAACAAUAUACCAGCUAGGCGCGACACGCAAGAAAGUCACUUAGAGCCAAACUUUUCAUCAAAUCGUAAUGUAUGAUCAAAAAACCUUUUUUUUUUUAAUUAUUAUGGAGGAUGUUUCUAUAAACUGCUUCACUAACUACAAGAUCGUUAAACGCAGUAUCUAAUUCGUGGUAAGAUAUAUGUUUCGCAAAUAUACGAAGUGGAACUCACCAAAUAAAUUUACUUCGCCAAGGUCACAUCUCGUGGGAAAACUGUCCCAUAUCUCUGCGCUGCCGGUCUUAAGCCCCUAAAUGUCUCGUUGUGCCUAGGAUUGUCUCUGUAGUCUAUACUUUAGUUGUUAUUAUCGAUCAUUUAUCGAAUAAAUGACAUAUGAUUCAUGGAGAACCUUA